AUGUCUGUAUCCGUAUCUGCGUUUCGCUGGCUUGAUAUCCUAGAGAAAGAGUUUGAUAAGACAUUUGUUGAUCUUGACUUGUCGUUCAAUGAAAUUGAUGAAGAACAACCCGAAAUUAUUGCUGAAAGCCGCGCCAAAAUGGCAACACUCAGUUCAUGUUUCGCUCAAUUGGUUCAUAAAGUGCAAACUAUCGCCCAAGCGAAUGCUAAACUUGAAGCACAACUAGUGGAUGUACGAGCGGAAAUGAUCGAUAUCAAAACAGACCGACAAGCGUUGGAACAACAGAUGAAAGACACAUUAGCUCAGCUGCAUGCAUCACAAUUGGAAUGUCAAAUAUUGAAGAAUCAAAGUGAAAUCGAAGGUGCAGACAUGAUACGAAGGCGAUUGGAAGAACAAGUUACUAAACAACGUAAUGAACUGAAAGAAAGUUUAGUAUCAGACGUGAAGGCACAUGAAUUGGAAAAAGAAAAUGAAAAAUUGAAAAAAGAAAUUAUAAACUUAGAAUCUGAAAUAUACGGAUCACGAUUAGCGGCGAAAUAUUUGGAUAAAGAAUUAGCCGGAAGAAUUCAACAAAUUCAAUUGCUUGGCCGCGAUUUACGUGGACCAAAUCAUGAAAAAUUAUGGAAUCAACUUGAAGCUGAAAUUCAUUUACAUCGUCAUAAAACUGUCAUUCGCGCUUGUCGCGGGCCGGAGAAAGUUAAUAAAAUCUUGACAAGCCCGCCAGGCCAUGACGUGAAUGUAUUAAAAAAACGGCAAGGCGUGGGUGAAUUACGUACAGUGAAAUUUUAUAAAGAUGCCAAUCAAGCACUGGGAAUUUCAAUAACUGGUGGAAAGGAACAUGGCUUACCUAUUCUCAUAUCGGAAAUUCACGAACGAGGUCUAGCAUGGACAUGUGGCCAACUCUACGUCGGUGAUUCGAUUUUGAGUGUGAAUAAAUAUGAUCUACGUGAUAAGAAACAUGCUGAAGCUGUGCAAAUACUUUCGUCGUUGAAAGGUGAUAUUACAAUGACGGUUAUCUUCGUCGCCCCAGACGAAAGUGAUGGUGAUGAAACAUCAAGUUGUGAUGGUAACACACAUUUACAGUACAAGUUUCUGAAUGACGAAGAAGGAUGUCCUUCAAAAGCCAAAGAUAUCGAAUCAAUGAAAAACUUAACGAUUUCCAAUGGAAGUCAUGAUAAGAAUCUUUUGCAGCAGAUCAAUACAACAAACGUUGACAAUGGUUCGCAAAAGACUCCGUCCGUAAUUGACAGGUACUUGACAAAUCGACACUAA